GGAUUAACGGGGAUUAGCUUUGAGCAGAAUCCGGCGAUGUGGUGAGCAGUGACCGCCAUGAGUGAGCACUGGAUGCUGACCGCUACACACAUGGUGCCCAAACCUCAGCACUUCCUGUCCGGCAUCAUCCGGCCUUUCGCCCAGUCCCUGCCUAAGCAUGCCAUGGAGGGAGGCUGGGAGUUCGCCAAGCUCAACGACGAGGAGUUCGAAGAGUUCUGCGUCUACAUCGUGCAGGACCGGUCAUGUGACCCGGUCUGCCACAACCGGGCCCAGGCCUCGUUGCCUAGAAACCUGACCCUCAGGCCGUCCACCAUCUGCCCAAACACUGUCGGUGUGUGGAGCUCGGAUCAUAUCCCCCGGGGGACGAGGUUCGGACCCCUGGUGGGGGAGAAGGUGGGACCAUCUGUACAGGUGGACAAGUUCCAUCCCAAGUUUCAUUGGCAGAUCUACAAAGAUGGCGCCCUAGACCACGUGGUACAGAUCACCGACCCUGACCGCUGUAGCUGGCAGCACUUCAUGAACCUGGCGCCCUCGGAGCAGGAGCAGAACGUCAUCGCCUGCCAGCACGGCGCCCACAUCUACUUCUACACCGUGCGCCCCAUUCAGCCCAACACGGAACUACUUUUCUGGUUCUCGCUGGAGUAUUCGGACAGGCUGAAGAGUUCGCCUUCAGUAGCGGAGAAAUACCUGCCGACAGAAAACAGACUCUACCAUCGCAUUCAGGGUAACAUGACCAACAGCGACCAUCUCAACAAACCUUCCGUCACAGAUGUGUCCUUGACCCCUCUAGCCCCACACCCAGCCUUGCCCCGUGUACCCCUGCGCCCUACCCCACCCCUGAUUCACCCCACCCCGGAAACCCCGGACAACCCUAACGUGGAAAGAUUAUCUUCCAAAUCUCCACCAACUAAACUGACCUUUCCUCCAUUCACAUACCCGCCCUCAUUCCCAUUUCUUCAAAGCUCCCAACCCACGUACUUAUCCAACCCCCCACCCCCGCUAAUAAAAUCCAACCCUCCCGCACCUAGUUCAGAAGACGCCUCACCUAUUCUGGAUUUCAGCAUCGCUAAAAGAGAAAGACACGAAGACAAUGCAAGACUUACUCCAAAAACUGAACGACGCUCUCCAGAGAGACCUGCACGACCUUCUGGGGAAGCAACAAUAUGGUCGCCGCGAGAUUUACCUUCCCCUGUCAGGAAGGAAAUCCCACCUCAUAGUUACGACACCCGUGUGGAUGAAUACAACGACCACCCACAACAGGAGAAUUACCACCAGUCCAGAGAAAACCACUCGGGGGACGCGGACAGGAGAUCGCCACGGCCGAGUUCUCGGCGGUCCGCACAGAGAACCACCCCACAGAAGUCUCACAGAUCCAGAAGUCCGCACCAGAGUGACGCGCCCCCUAUGGCACACCAGAGCGCCGGGUUCAAACCCUUCCAGUCCCCUUCUAAACGAAAUUCCGGCAUCAUCGAGCAUCUCUUGCUCAAAAAGAUGCAAAAACAGGGACCUCCGGAGUUCCAUCCGGGUAUGUUUCAACCCCAAAACGGGUUGUUCUCCCACCCGCCCCACACGCCAACCAUCACAGAAAUCAAGAACAACCCCAGCCCCAAGCAAAACUACACACCCGAGAAACCAAAACCCGUGGAGCGUCUGCCCGAGAACUUUAACCUCUCGCCCUUUCACAUGUUUAAAUUCGGGAACUUCUACCCUCCCAGUCUGAUGAUAGACAGACCGUACGGGUCGCUGAUGGGUCCAGUUAAACCGGACAACAUGAGCCUUGUGUCCAGAUUCCUGCCAGCCAUGAAACAUUCGGCUUUCAACGCAUCCAUGAUGCUACACAACCCGCCCCUCCCCAUGCCUGGGUUGCCAGGGUUACCGAACAUCUUCCAGAUGAACCCGUUCUACCAACAACUCGUGUCCCAUUAUCCAUCUCUCCCAAACUGGCCUGUAGGAAUGUACCCGCCUUAUCCGUCUGCAGAACAAACCUCUCCUUCAGAGCAAACAGUCCCUCCAUCGCCAACCUACCCCGAUAAAGGUCUGAACUUAACCAAACCAAAAUCAAACAACUCGCAUCUCGGCUCGCGAGGCUACAGAAAUCUUCCCUACCCUCUGAAAAAGAAAGACGGCAAAAUGCAUUACGAAUGCAACGUCUGUCUCAAGACGUUCGGCCAGCUGUCCAACUUAAAAGUCCACCUGCGCACGCACACAGGUGAGCGUCCGUUUGUUUGUCAAACCUGCGGCAAAGGCUUCACGCAACUUGCUCACCUGCAAAAACACAAUCUCGUCCACACAGGUGAAAAGCCUCACAAAUGCCAGGUCUGUGAUAAGAGGUUUAGCUCUACCAGUAACCUUAAGACUCACAUGCGCCUUCACUCGGGAGAAAAACCUUUCCACUGCAAAUGUUGCAAUGCCAAAUUUACCCAAUUCGUCCAUCUUAAACUUCAUAGAAGAUUACACACAAACGAAAGACCUUUUGAAUGUUCUCAGUGUAAUAGAAAAUACAUCAGCAGAAGCGGUCUCAAGACGCAUUGGAAAACAGGAUCAUGUGUACCGCAAAAUCCUCUAGCAGAUUUCAACACCUUGUUGAACAUGAGCUUCGAUGAUAACGGCGACGAGAAAAGCCACGAUUCCUACGACGAGUCUACCGUCGACUUCGACAACGAUAUUGAAGUUGAUCAAACCGACGAGCAGGAGGACGAGGCUCACAAAGACUCGGAGACCGCCUCGGCCGUGGAAGGUCUGAGCAGGUGGGCCCGUGAGUACCCCAGGUUCCACGCCCAGUCGAGCCCCACGCCGGAGAACAACAACUACCACCACUACCGACACGACGCUCCGGUUUUCCCGGAGCCGAGCACGGCCGACGAAGCUGUCCGGUCGCCGAACAAACCCAAAGAAAGAUCUGUAAGCCGGGCCGAUAAGGCUCAUUCCACGCCAGGUUCGGACUCCUGCCCACUCCGAACCUCCACGCCAAAGAACUCACCGGAUUUCUCGUACUCUGUUAAAACAGAAAAAGACUUAAUGAAAUCAUCUUACUCUCCGAACCCUCAUCUUUCUAGUACGUCAGCAGAAACCUCUCUAACAGAACACGGAGACUCGAAAUCAAACCUCGCGAACUUAUGUGAUACAACGGCAAGAAACUCACUCGAUAUAAGCAAGGCGACGCCCUCCAUACCCAACAGCCUCCAACACGGCAUCUACCCCUUUGGGAGAAUGCACUGCAGCCCGGCCGAGGCGCAGUCCUUCCCCGAGACUGAGCCGGUGGCCAGUCUACCGGAACCACAUCGCGAGAUUUUUUCAACGUGACGGUUCACUGACCACAACCCAAAAAACCAACAUCCGAUGUGGUAUUACUUUCUGAUGAAAUACACGCGUCAAAAAUAAAAAUAGUUUUGAUAACGAUUCAUUCUAUAACCUUGCCAAUAGACUAAUAAUCAUUCUGGCUAUUUUGCUUCUCGUGAGUUUAGUUAUAUAAACAGAGUGUUUUGUGAUUAAUUUUUUUUUAUUAUAAUGUGAAUGUAGCGUGAAAAGUAUCAAGAAACGUGUAUAUAACCAACACUACUCAAACUAACGCAUGUGAUUGGGUCAUUUGCGCCCUUGUAUUUAUUUUUAAUAUACAUAAUUAAACUAAUUUUUUUUCUAAACUGACUGCGUGAAUUUACAUGUAUUGGGUUUUUAUGCUAUUUAUUUAAAAAUCUAUUUCCCUAAAACAUCUGCGUUAAAAUAUGUGUAUGGUUGAUGGAUUUCAACAGUAGUAUGAUUGGCACUUAAUUAUAUUUUUUUACUUCUUAUUUCUAAGCGUACCACACCCACAAAAUCGUUCUUUAUGUAAAGGGUGUUGUUGUUUUUUUUUUAAGAUAUGACAGUACGGUAGCUUUUUAUUUCAAAUACCACAACCCCACCCUCUUCAUUAUCGUUUCGAAAUAUUAUAAAACCAAAUUUGGCCUGGUACAAGAUGUAUGCUAUCAUAUUUCUUAUCAGAAACUCCCCACACCCAACAUACAUUGUCACAAACUAAGAACCUCCUCAUUGUUAUCCCCCCCCCCACCCCCCACUGUGUGCGUGACGUCAUCCACAUGCGACCCUUUAGCACAAGACAAAUCAAGACUUAAUGAUGCCCUAAAAUAAAUUAAACUUGUAGCUUUAUUUUACUUCCUUAAUG